GGAAGGAGUCCCACCGAAGCUCGGUCGUACAAUUGCCAAUUCGACGUCCUCUUGGGUUCUUGGUUACCGGCCCCAUGCCACGACGCGGACUUGAUGGAGCAGUACAUUGCAGAUGCGGUUUGGAAUUGGUAUGAAGACCCAGAAUUUACACGUCUCAUUCCGAUAGACACAAUGCGCAUGGGUGAAUAUCAGGGGAAAGUCUGGACAAAUACAAGCGAACACAGCGACCAUUGUGCAUAUCUCUGGAUGAAACAAUUCCGCGCUGUAGUAAACAAGAAACCUAUGGAUGAUAUCUCUGCACGAUACGGACACACGGAACAUUGU